CAAGCAGAAACCCAUCACCUUGAAUACCUUUACAGCAAAAACAAUGGCGGCGAAAGAGAUGGAAGUCGUGAAGGGUUUAGACUUGCAGAAAUACAUGGGUCGGUGGUAUGAGAUUGCUUCUUUCCCUUCAAGAUUUCAGCCUAAGGAUGGUGUCAAUACAAGGGCUACUUAUACUUUGAGAGAUGAUGGUACUGUUCAUGUCCUCAAUGAGACUUUUAGUGGUGGGAAGAAAGGGGGCAUUGAGGGAACUGCUUAUAAGGCUGACCCUUCAAGUGAUGAGGCCAAGCUGAAAGUUAAAUUCUAUGUUCCUCCUUUCUUACCUAUCAUUCCUGUAGUUGGAGAUUAUUGGGUUCUUUAUAUUGAUGAUGAUUAUCAAUAUGCUUUGAUUGGGCAGCCUAGCAGGAACUAUCUUUGGAUCUUGUGUAGGCAAACCCAGAUGGAUGAAGAGAUAUACAAUCAGCUAGUUAGGAAGGCAGAGGAUGUGGGCUAUGAUGUGAAGAAACUGCACAAAACACCACAAACUGACCCUCCUCCAGAGGGGGAUGAAGCACCCAAGGACACCAAAGGCAUUUGGUGGAUUAAAUCCAUCUUUGGUAAAUAAAAUAAUGAUGGUGAUUUGAAAACAAAUUUAAGGUUUUAUGCUCAAUGAGGAAAUCCAAUAAUCCAUAGAUUUGAAUGUUUGUUGAUACAAAGGAACCCUUCUCUGGUUGUAAAUUAAGGUGUGUAUAAGCUAUAAAACUCUAGAGGUUUUGAAUGUAAGACUUUUGAUAUUUGGAU